GAGUCGUCUAGCUCGAUCGCCGGCAUGGCGAGGCCGCCGCACCUGCCCGGCCUGUCCGGGCUCGUCCUAGCUGUCGCGGCGGCGCUGUGCGUGCUUGGCUCCGACACGGCUCGAGCCCAGGUCCUCUUCCAGGGGUUCAAUUGGGAGUCGUGCAAGAACCAAGGCGGCUGGUACAAGUUCCUCCAGGGACGGGUGGACGACAUCGCCAACGCCGGCGCCACGCACGUCUGGCUCCCGCCGCCAACGCACUCCGUCGCGCCGCAAGGCUACAUGCCGGGGCGGCUCUACGACCUGAACGCGUCGAGGUACGGCACCGAGGCGGAGCUGCGGUCGCUGAUCGCCGCGCUCCGGGGCAGGGGCGUCCAGGCCGUCGCGGACGUCGUCAUCAACCACCGAUGUGCCGACAAGCAGGACGCCCGCGGCGUGUACUGCGUCUUCGAGGGCGGCGACCCCGAGGGGCGUCUCCUGAACUGGGACGCCGACAUGAUCUGCGGCGACGACGCGCCCUACUCCAACGGGCGCGGCAACCGCGACACCGGCGAGGACUUCGGCGCGGCGCCCGACAUCGACCACCUCAACCCGCGCGUGCGGCGGGAGCUCACCGACUGGCUCCGCUGGCUGGCAACCGACGUCGGCUUCAGCGGCUGGCGCCUCGACUUCGCUAAGGGCUACUCCGCGGCCGUCGCCAAGGCGUACGUCGACAGCGCCGGGCCGGGCUUCGUGGUCGCGGAGAUAUGGAGCUCGCUCCGCUACGACGGCGACGGGAGGCCGGCGAGCAACCAGGACGCGGACCGGCGGGAGCUGGUGGACUGGGCGCGCGCCGUGGGCGGCCCUGCCGCGGCGUUCGACUUCACCACCAAGGGCGUGCUGCAGGCGGCCGUGCAUGGCGAGCUGUGGCGGAUGCGCGACGGCGACGGCAAGGCGCCGGGAAUGAUCGGCUGGCUCCCGGAGAGGGCCGUCACGUUCGUCGACAACCACGACACCGGCUCCACCCAGAACUCGUGGCCGUUCCCCCGCGACAAGGUCAUGCAGGGCUACGCCUACAUCCUCACCCACCCGGGCAUCCCAUGCAUCUUCUACGACCACGUGUUCGACUGGGACCUGAAGCAGGAGAUCAGCGCGCUGUCCGCGAUCAGGAAGAGGAACGGGAUCCACCCGGGGAGCAGUCUGAGCAUCCUCAAAGCCGAGGGCGACGUCUACGUCGCGGCGGUCGACGACAAGGUCAUCACGAAGAUCGGGCCGAGGUACGACGUCGGCGGCCUGAUCCCGCCGGGUUUCAGCGUCGCGGCCCGCGGCGAGGGCUACUGCGUCUGGGAGAAGAGUAGUGGUCUCCGAGUCCCGGCCGGCCGCUACCACUAGAGACGAGCUGAGAGUGGGCUUGGGAAGCUAGGGCAGCUUGCGCCCGUCUUCCAAAGAUAGAUUUCGACCUCGUUGAACGCCGAAGAGUAGCAGUUUACUGUGUUUACACUGAUGCCCCUACAUACUACAUGUAACGACACACUGUUCUGUGCUGAAGGGGAUCGGAGGAAAGGCAGUAAUCCAGUCACUUGACGUUCAAA